AUGACACAUCUUAGCGAUUUCAGUUUUCUGCAACGAGCAAUUGGCUCAAGCUAUGUAUUGAUCUGGUUUAUUUAUCGCUUACAUACUACUGGUGGAUUUGCAUGUCUCCGUUUCUCAAAAAUUAAGCAAGGUGAAUUAAAGAAUAUUGUAUCGAGUAAAAUUAAGUAUGAAGAAGGCUUCGUCAGAUUACCGACAGGUAAAAUUAUCACAAAGCCUGAAUUUCUGUGGAAUCAAGCAGACAGAGACCUUGUUAUACCGACGGACUAUAGUUUGUGUAUUGGAUUUUCGCUUCAAAGUGGAACCUUAUUGUUAUUACAAUGCUUUUGGAAUUAUCUUGCAAAGCUAGUGGCAAAAGCACGAUUUAUGAGCAGCAAAGAAUUCAAGUUUUACAUCAUUAUUAUACAUACAAAGAAAUUAUGCCACAGCUCGUUUACGGUUGCGUUAUUACUUAUCUCAUUUCUCGGUGCCGUAUCUCAUUUUCGAUUCAAAAAGUUAUUGAGCAACAGCAAAGAUCGAAACAAUGCUCAAUUCAUUACACACAGAAUUCGAUAUUUUCAAGACUUGAAUCUAAUACUUUCUGUAUCUGUAUUCAUCUUCUCUCUGUGUUUUGUCAUCUUGAGCGCAGACGGAUUAAGUCGAAGAAAAACAAUCAGUCGUUCUAAGUUCGCGUCGGAUGUCUUCAUUUGUAACAUUAAUAUUAUGUCUAUUGUCAUCUGGGUUAUUGUUAUAUUAAUUUUUCACCCUAAAAGUACUGUUGAUGAAAAUGUUCCACACAUGUACACCAUAGUUAAAAAAGUGGAAAGUAAGUAG